CGAAAGGAGACGCAUGAGCAAUGCGAAGAUCAAACAUAUGUUAGCGAAGGGUACCGCAAUGUCAUCCGGUACUCCAUUAUGCGGGUACGGGCAGUAUGGAUUCCCUUCAAUUGCCCGACAAUACUCUAUUCCCAAUGGUUUUCACUUAUGUCGCACUUCUUUGGGGGUUUUCUAUCGGUUUUCAGCACUAUCUUUAGAGAAGAUGCGAUAUCUUUCGCUUAUGCUGGCAAAUUGUGGUUGCAUUUGUUGAAUGUCAGCCUCGCCAGUCACAUCGUUAAUCCUGACUCAUCCUUCUUCAACAAUCUCGUCAGAUCUGCUGGCUCCACGUUCCGACAGCUCCCAUGUCGACAAUUGCAGGGGUGAUCCAAAAAGGGGAACACGAUGACAUUCUCUGCGGAAUCUUUGGAUCCAUUAGUUCUUUUCAGAGAACAUUUUUACAAAGCAAGCUACAAUACAGUUUUCG